GCCAGUAAGAAGGCUGCUAAUAAGAGACAGAGGGGAGCCCAGAAGAGCUGUUCCAAUGUCUUCUCCAUGUUCGAACAGUCCCAGAUACAGGAGUUCAAGGAGGUAUGUAGCUACAGUACACUUACACUGUCUACUUAAUAAAAGUGCCAUUUUGGUGCAGUUUGGAUGGCUGGUCCAUAGACAUUAGACAUCAGAGGAAACGACUCUAAAUAUAAGACAUAAAAACAUUUGGAUAAUCAUUAUUUAUUUUAUGAUGAAGGUAAAAUUCUGGGAGGAAAAUCUAUUAACAACGGAUGUACUGUGUUUAUUUCCAGGCUUUCGGUUGUAUUGACCAAGACAGAGAUGGUGUAAUCAAAAAACAGGACCUGAGAGAAACCUAUGGACAGCUAGGUAUUCUGAUAGUCUCUCUUUAAAAAUGUGUGUGUGUGUAUGCGCGUGUGUAUGUUGAUUUAUGUUUUUGUGUACCAGGGAAGCUGAACGUUAAAGAUGAGGAACUGGAUGAGAUGUUGAACGAGGGGAAGGGUCCCAUCAACUUCACUGUGUUCCUCACUCUAUUUGGAGAGAAACUCAACGGUGAGACCCCAUCCCUCUACUUCUCCACCCCUUCUGCUGUAUGCGUCUUUUGUUUGUUCAUGUUGACUGAACUGUAACCCUCCCCCUACAGGCACAGACCCUGAGGACACCAUCCUCGCUGCCUUCAAGCUUUUUGACCCAAACAGCACAGGCUUCGUCCACAAGGAUGAGUCAGUAUCAUUUGAACCUACACAGAUUGCCAAAAUUUGCAAUGACACAUAAUGUGGACAAUUAAUUAUUAAUUAGUUAUGUAUUCUUUAAAGGUUUAAACGAUUACUGAUGAACCAGGCUGAUAAAUUCACAGCAGAGGAGGUUGGUAUUGUUUUAUUCCUUCUAACCUAUUUUUUUUCUUUAAAAUAAUAAAUAAACAAAUCACACAUUUGACAAAAUACUAGAGCGAGAGAUAAACCAUUCUAUCAGCAGUUCUACAUAGACAGUAGGCCUAUGGUCAAUAUUUAUGCACAUUGUUGCCUAAUCACUCUCUGUCUUCUGAUGAAAUCCUCAGGUGGACCAGGCGUUCUCUGUGGCUCCAAUUGACGUGGCCGGCAACAUCGACUACAAGUCGCUGUGUUACAUCAUCACACACGGAGACGAGAAGGAGGAGUCCUAAAGACCCUCAGCAAAAAACCCUGACCCAACCCAUAACCCCUGAUAGAGCAGAACUGGAAUCUCCUCUGUGGUUGUCUUUUGCCAAUCCAGUAAAGUAAUCAAAUCAACACCUGUCUGUAAAAAGUUUACAUUUGUUUGUAGUUACGUUUAGAUACAGUACAGUUACAAUUUGUGUUAUCUCACA